AUGGCUGAGAACGGAGAGAGCAGCGGUCCCCCGCACCCCUCUCGCGGCCCUGCUGCGGCCCCAGGCUCGGCCAUUUCACAGGCCGAGCCCAAAAUCAUCAAAGUCACUGUGAAGACCCCCAAAGAGAAAGAGGAGUUCGCAGUGCCCGAGAAUAGCUCAGUCCAACAGUUUAAGGAAGCGAUUUCGAAACGCUUCAAAUCCCAAACCGACCAGCUAGUGCUGAUUUUUGCCGGAAAAAUCUUAAAAGAUCAAGAUACUUUGAUUCAGCACGGCAUCCAUGAUGGACUGACUGUUCACCUUGUCAUCAAAAGCCAGCACCGACCGCAGAGCCAGUCCACUCAGCCUAGCAAUGCUGCGGGAACUAAUACUACCACGGCAUCGACUUUCAGGAGUAACUCCACACCGAUUUCCACAAAUAGCAACCCAUUUGGGUUGGGGAGCCUGGGAGGACUUGCAAGUCUUAGCAGCCUGGGCUUGAGCUCGACCAACUUCUCUGAGCUACAGAGCCAGAUGCAGCAACAGCUCAUGUCCAGCCCUGAGAUGAUGAUUCAAAUCAUGGAAAAUCCCUUUGUUCAGAGCAUGCUCUCGAAUCCCGAUCUGAUGAGGCAACUUAUAAUGGCAAAUCCACAGAUGCAACAGUUGAUUCAGAGAAACCCAGAAAUUAGUCACCUGCUUAACAACCCAGAUAUAAUGAGGCAGACCCUCGAAAUUGCCAGGAAUCCAGCCAUGAUGCAAGAAAUGAUGAGAAAUCAAGACCUGGCUCUGAGCAAUCUCGAAAGCAUCCCAGGUGGCUACAAUGCUCUAAGGCGCAUGUACACUGACAUUCAAGAACCUAUGCUAAAUGCUGCACAAGAGCAGUUUGGGGGUAAUCCGUUUGCCUCAGUGGGGAGCAGUUCUUCCUCCGGAGAAGGUACACAGCCUUCCCGCACAGAAAAUAGAGAUCCCCUACCCAAUCCAUGGGCGCCACCACCGGCUACUCAGAGUUCUGCCACCACCAGUACCACCACAAGCAGUGGAAGUGGAUCAGGCUCCAGUAAUACUACUGGGAAUACUAUGGCUGCAGCCAAUUAUGUUGCCAGCGUCUUCAGUACCCCAGGCAUGCAGAGCCUGCUGCAACAGAUAACUGAAAACCCCCAGCUGAUCCAGAAUAUGUUGUCUGCACCCUACAUGAGAAGCAUGAUGCAGUCUCUGAGCCAGAAUCCAGAUCUGGCUGCACAGAUGAUGCUGAAUAAUCCACUGUUUGCUGCAAAUCCUCAGCUGCAGGAACAGAUGCGUCCACAACUCCCAGCUUUCCUGCAGCAGAUGCAAAAUCCAGACACACUAUCAGCCAUGUCAAACCCAAGAGCAAUGCAAGCGUUAAUGCAGAUCCAACAGGGGCUACAGACAUUAGCCACAGAAGCACCUGGCCUCAUUCCAAGCUUCACUCCAGGUGUGGGGGUGGGGAUGCUGGGAACAGCCAUAGGCCCUGUAGGCCCAGUUACUCCCAUAGGCCCCAUAGGUCCUAUAGUCCCUUUUACCCCUAUUGGGCCAAUUGGGCCCAUAGGACCUACUGGCCCUGCAGGUCCCUCUGGCCCUGCUGGCUCCAGCGGUCACACCGGGUCUGCGGUGUCUAGCUCUGCACCCAGUGAAACCACGAGUCCAACAUCAGAAUCUGGACCCAAUCAGCAGUUCAUUCAGCAAAUGGUGCAGGCUCUGGCUGGAGCAAAUCCUCCGCAGCUGCCAAAUCCAGAAGUCAGAUUUCACCAACAACUGGAACAGCUCAACGCAAUGGGGUUUUUAAACCGUGAAGCAAACUUGCAGGCCCUUAUAGCAACAGGAGGCGACAUCAAUGCAGCCAUUGAGAGGCUGCUGGGCUCUCAGCCAUCUUAAUUACAUUUCUGUACCUUGGAAAAAAAUGUAUCUUAUUUUUGAUAAUGGCUCUUAAAUCUUUAAACACACACACCCAUGCUUUACUAUUCAUUUUGAU